CGCGGGUCCGGUCCAGCCGGCACUCCGGUGCCCGCGCGGUGCCCUACAUCCCAGGAGUCCGGCUCGGCCGGCGGGGCGCUGCAGGCCGGCGGCCACCAUGUUCUCGUGCGUGAGGCCCUACGAGGACCAGAACUAUGCGGCUCUGAAGCGGGCCUGUCUGCGCAAGAAGGUGCUCUUCGAGGACGCCCACUUCCCCGCCACCGACGACUCGCUGUACUACAAGGCCACCCCCGGGCCCGCCGUCAGGUGGCAACGGCCCAAGGACAUCUGCGAGGACCCCCGCCUCUUCGUGGACGGCAUCAGCUCCCAUGACCUGCACCAGGGCCAGGUGGGCAACUGCUGGUUCGUGGCGGCCUGCUCGUCCCUCGCCUCCCGGGAGUCGCUGUGGCAGAAGGUCAUCCCAGACUGGAAGGAGCAGGAGUGGGACCCCGAGAAGCCUGACAGCUAUGCAGGCAUCUUCCACUUCCACUUCUGGCGCUUCGGGGAGUGGGUGGACGUGGUCGUCGAUGACCGGCUGCCCACGGUCAACAACCAGCUCAUCUACUGCCACUCCAACUCCCGCAACGAGUUCUGGUGUGCGUUGGUGGAGAAGGCUUACGCCAAGCUGGCCGGCUGCUACCAGGCCCUGGACGGAGGCAACACGGCCGACGCGCUGGUAGACUUCACGGGCGGCGUCUCCGAACCCAUUGACCUCACUGAGGGGGACUUCGCCAACGACGAGGCCAGGAGGAGCCAGCUGUUCGAGCGCAUGCUGAAGGUGCACAGCCGGGGCGGCCUCAUCAGCGCCUCCAUCAAGGCAGUGACAGCAGCUGACAUGGAGGCCCGCCUGGCGUGUGGCCUGGUGAAGGGCCACGCGUACGCUGUCACCGAUGUCCGCAAGGUGCGCCUGGGCCAUGGCCUGCUGGCCUUCUUCAAGUCGGAGAAGCUGGACAUGAUCCGCCUGCGGAACCCCUGGGGCGAGCGCGAGUGGAACGGGCCCUGGAGUGACACCUCAGAGGAGUGGCAGAAAGUGAGCAAAAGUGAGCGGGAGAAGAUGGGCGUGACCGUGCAGGACGACGGCGAGUUCUGGAUGACCUUCGAGGACGUGUGCCGGUACUUCACGGAUGUCAUCAAGUGCCGCCUCAUCAACACGUCCUACCUGAGCGUCCACAAGACGUGGGAGGAGGCCCGGCUACGCGGCGCCUGGACGCGGCACGAGGACCCACGGCGCAACCGCAGUGGGGGCUGCAUCAACCACAAGGACACCUUCUUCCAGAACCCGCAGUACGUCUUCGACGUCCGGAAGCCCGAGGACGAGGUGCUCAUCUGCAUCCAGCAGCGGCCCAAGCGGUCCACCCGCAGGGAGGGCAAGGGUGAGAACCUGGCCAUCGGCUUCGACAUCUACAAGGUGGAGGAGAACCGCCAGUACCGCAUGCACAGCCUGCAGCAGAAGGCCGCCAGCUCCAUCUACAUCAACUCGCGCAGCGUCUUCCUGCGCACCGACCAGCCCGAGGGCCGCUACGUCAUCAUCCCCACCACCUUCGAGCCGGGCCACACCGGCGAGUUCCUGCUCCGCGUCUUCACCGACGUGCCCUCCAACUGCAGGGAGCUGUGUCUGGACGAGCCACCCCGCACCUGCUGGAGCUCCCUGUGUGGCUACCCCCAGCAGGUGACCCAGGUCCACGUCCUAGGAGCUGCUGGCCUCAAAGACUCCCCUACAGGGGCCAACUCUUACGUGGUCAUCAAGUGUGAGGGGGACAAAGUCCGCUCAGCCGUGAAGAAGGGCACCUCGACCCCUGAGUUCAACGUGAAAGGCGUCUUCUACCGCAAGAAGCCGGGCCAGCCCGUCACUGUCCAGAUCUGGAACCACCGGGUCCUGAAGGACGAGUUCCUGGGCCAGGUGCACCUGAAGGCGGAUCCGGACGACCUGCAGGCCCUGCACACCCUGCACCUCCAAGACCGCAGCAGCCGGCAGCCCAGCGACCUGCCGGGCACCGUGGCGGUGUGCGUCCUCAGCAGUACCUCCCUCGUGGCGGUCUGACGCUGCCCCCCGCCCGGCUCCCACCUUCCUCAGCACCUGCAUGUCUGCCCAGCCUGGGACCAGCCCAGGAGCCAGGGCACUGGCGUCUUUUUCCCUCUCCCAAUUUGCUCUGUGACCCUCUCUGAGGCCCUAAAACAUUCCUUGUUCCCAGGGAGUCUUCUUGCCUGAGGUUAAAACACGCCCUCCCCACCCCAGCUGUCACCACUGCUAAGGGACUCUACCCUUUGAAGACAUUUUCCCAAGGCCCUGCUGUCGGCUGAGGCGUGCCAAGAAGAUGUCACUUGUUUACACACAAACUGCCAUGUCCCUGACCCCCCUCUCGCAGGUGACGGCCGUUCACUCUCUAGUCCUGUCCGCUCCCCCAUCCGUUGCAUUCAUUCAGCAGAGAUUUGCCAAAUGACUAAAUGGCGCCCACGAGGCUCCAGGGAAAGCUGGGCCCUGCCCUGGCCUGGGGCCUCAUUUCUGCGUCAGGUCCUCUCAGAGGCAGACGCACCUUCUCAUUCCAGGUUCUGACCCGUUCCCGGCCCCCUCGUUUACAGGUGGGGCGGUGGCAGAGGCCCUGAGUGAGGGGUGUCUUCCUGCCUCCCCUGCCUGAUGCUGGAGCGUGUGCACCAGAGGUCCGGGGCCAGGCGCGGGCUGCGGCCACCCGAGGCAGGCCCCUUUGCCGCAAGACCCUGGCUUCACCUGGGAGGAGGGGCCCCGGGGGUGUGGUGCCAGGCCUGCCAGGGUCAGGCCACUGCUGGGCUUGGUGGGAGAUCUGUUCCUGCCUGAGGCGGCCCUCCGCCGACGUCCCCAACACAGCCGAGAGGACAGGCUCGUCCUGCCGCCUGGACCAAACGUACCUUUCGUCCUCGCUGUUUUAUAUCCCUUCUGUUCUAAGAAUAACGUCAGUUCUGGCCAGGUGAUUUUAAGGGAAGGCGGAAAGCCCCCCCCCUUUUCUCUUGACUCUGGUUUUGCUGCUUCUCUGGUUUCGUUUGGGUUCCCCAUGGGGAGGGACAUGGGAGAUGUCCCUCGCCGAGGUCUGGAGGCGGCUGACAAGGAGGCUCUGUGCUGGCCCAGGAGGCCUCCAUGAGAGCCGGCACCACGGCUGCUUAGGUCUUUGGGCUCUCCGCGGCCGGCGAGGGAGUGCAGGUGUUUCGAGGAUGGGACCUGAAUGUGGGACUCCCGGUCCCGGUGGGAGUGCCUUUGCCUCCUGGCUCCGCUGCUGGCUCAGCUCCUGGGCCCUGGCCUGGACCACAAGAGGGGCCGGAACGGAAAGACAGGACAAUCGGGGGUUUCCCUCUGGAGAGCGGGAUAUGGGCCUGGGCUGGGACGCCGCACACAACCAGGAGCAGGUCACUGAAACCUCCUGUGCCUCGGUUUCCACCUUCUACCGAGUGGGGCCACCGGUCCUCGCGCCCCGGCACCCGACUAACAAGUGCUGGGCAAGAGCCCAUAGCCCCUUCCUCUGCCCCAUGGAAUCGCCACCUCUCAGUGUUGGAAACGAAGGCUCGGUGGGGGUGGGGAGGGGCGUGCUAGGUCUUUGCUCAGCAGUGUCCCCUAGGUGGUGGCCCGGCAGGACGAAGGGACAGCCCUGCCAGGCCAGCACUGCUUCCCACCCCCCAGCAGGGCUGGCUGCGGCCCUGCCCUUGUUCCUGCCCCUUGAGGUGGGCCAGGCGGGCUCCUGGCAGUGGGGGCAGGUCCCUAGUUCCCCAGAGGCCUUAGGCUUGGGCAGGUGAGGAAGGCGGCAGGGGGAGUGAUUGCUUAGUCCCCUGCAUGCAGCCACAGGGCCCUGGAGCCCCCCGCGUGUGGAUGGUGGGGUCCCUGGACCUGGCCUCACUCCUCAGGGCCUUCCGCCAGACUGGGGAGACAAGUCCUGCUCUCUCAGAAUAAAUGUUACUGCAGUUCCAGAAAGA